UUGAGGUCAAUGCAGAUCUUUGUUAAGACCCUCACUGGCAGGACCAUCACUCUUAAUGUAGAGAGUUCAGAUACUAUCUACAAUGUCAAGGCUAAGAUUCAGUACAAGGAGGGAAUUCCACCAGAUCAGCAGGGCCUCAUAUUUGCUGGCAAGCAGCUGGAGGAUGGCUGCACCUUGAUUGACUAUGACAUCCAAAAGGAGUCUACCAUUCAUCUAGUCCUCCGCCUCCGUGGAGGGAUGGAGAUUUCUGUGGAGACCCUUAGUGGCAUGAUGAUGACCCUACAGGUCUAUCCAACAGAUACCAUCAAUGUUGUCGAGGCAAAGAUUCGGGAUCAACAUUGCCUUAUCUUUGACGGGAAGCAACUGGUAGACAGUUGUACCUUGACUGAUUAUGGCAUCCAGGAUGGUUCCAAUCUUAAGCUUCGUCUCCGGCUCCAAGAAAGGAUGGAAAUCUUCAUCAGGGCAUUGGAAAAUCCUUUCUAUGUUAAGGGGUCGAAUACCAUCGACGAGGUCAAGGCGAAGAUCAAAGAUGAGCAUGGCAUUCAUCCAGCCCAGCAGCGCCUCAUGUUUAACAAGAAGGAGCUGGAAGGCAGCCGUACAUUGGACUAUUAUGACAUUACAAAUGGAUCCCAUCUUGACCUUGUCCUCUCUCUCCAAUCUACGCUGAUGCGCAUCUUUGUUAAGACCAUCACUGGCAAGACUAUCACUCUUGAUGUUGACAGUUUAGAUACUGUCAACAAUGUCAAGGCUAAGAUUCAUGACAAGGAGCAAAUCCUUCCAGACCAUCAGCGCCUCACUUUUGCCGGCAGGAUUCUGGACAAUGGUCGCACCUUGGCUGACUACAAAAUCCAAAAGAAGUCUAUUCUUAAUCUUCUCCAACGUUCGAGUGGAGAUAUGGAGAUUUCUGUGGAGACCCUCAGUGGCAGCAGUAUCACCCUCCAGGUUAAUCCAUCAGAUACCAUCCAUGCUGUCAAGGCAAAGAUUCCGGAUCAACGUCGUCUUAUCUUUGAGGGGAAGCAAGUACUGGAGUUUAGCCGUACUCUGGCUGAUUAUGGCAUCCAGGAUGGAUCCACUAUUAACCUUCAUCGCCACCUACAAGAAAUGAUUCAAAUAUCCAUCCAGGCGCUGGACAGUUCUUUCUACGUUAAUAGAUCAGAUACUAUCGACAGUGUCAUGGCGAGGAUUAAAGAUGAGUAUAGCAUUGACCCGGCCCAGCAGCGCCUCAGCUUUAACAAGAAGAUGUUGAAGGGUGAACAUACUUUGGCCCAUUAUGACAUCUGGAACAAAUCCAAUCUCGACCUUGUCCUCUGUCUCCGAUCUGGACUGAUGCGCAUCUACCUCAUGAGUCCGAUAGGGAAGCACGGAACGCUCAAGGUUGAGAGCUUAGAUACCAUAAAAAGUGUCAAGGAGAAGAUUCACCAGGUGGAGGGUAUUCACCUGAAUAACGUGAUCCUGUCAUUUGCUGGCAAGCCGCUGGAAAAUGACUUCACACUGGCGGACUACAGCAUCAAGGAUAACUGCACUCUUCAUUAUAGAGCGCGACUUCCGCCAUGUGUUAAUUGUCCUAAUUACCGUCACUAG